UAGAGACGACGAUCAGCAGUUAGUCUCCGAGAAAUAGAAAGAAAAAUGGAGAGUAAUGGUGUACCUAUGAUCACUCUCAGUUCCGGCAUUCGGAUGCCUGCUUUAGGUAUGGGAACAGCUGAAACAAUGGUAAAAGGAACAGAAAGAGAGAAAUUGGCGUUUUUGAAAGCGAUAGAGGUCGGUUACAGACACUUCGAUACAGCUGCUGCAUACCAAAGUGAAGAGUGUCUUGGUGAAGCUAUAGCUGAAGCACUUCAACUUGGUUUAAUAAAAUCUCGAGAUGAACUCUUCAUCACUUCCAAGCUCUGGUGCGCUGAUGCUCACGCUGAUCUUGUCCUCCCUGCUCUUCAGAAUUCUCUGAGGAAUCUCAAAUUGGAGUACCUUGAUCUAUAUUUGAUACACCAUCCGGUAAGCUUGAAGCCAGGGAAGCUUGUUAACGAAAUACCAAAGGAUCAUAUUCUUCCAAUGGACUACAAAUCUGUAUGGGCAGCCAUGGAAGAGUGUCAGACCCUUGGCUUCACUAGGGCAAUCGGUGUCAGUAAUUUCUCAUGCAAAAAGCUUCAAGAGUUGAUGGCAACAGCCAAGAUCCCUCCAGUUGUGAAUCAAGUGGAGAUGAGCCCGACUUUACAUCAAAAAAAUCUGAGGGAAUAUUGCAAGGCCAAUAAUAUCAUGAUCACUGCACACUCGGUUUUGGGAGCCGUAGGUGCUCCAUGGGGCAGCAAUGCAGUUAUGGAUUCUAAGGUGCUUCACCAGAUUGCUGUGGCAAGAGGAAAAUCUGUUGCCCAGGUUAGUAUGAGAUGGGUUUACCAGCAAGGCGCGAGUCUUGUGGUGAAAAGUUUCAAUGAAGGGAGGAUGAAGGAAAACCUCAAGAUAUUUGAUUGGGAACUAACGGCAGAAGAUAUGGAAAAGAUCAGUGAGAUUCCGCAAUCUAGAACAAGCUCUGCUGAUUUCUUGUUAUCACCGACUGGACCUUUCAAAACUGAAGAAGAGUUCUGGGAUGAGAAGGAUUGAAACAUCAAUUAUAUAUAGUUGAUAAGAAAAGACUUUUGAAAAAGAUAAUCUGUUUCUCCGUCCGUUUUUAAAUAAAAAAAGAUAUUAUCAUCUUUUUAGUUUGGCGUAUUUUUAAGUUGAAAUAAAAAAUAAUAUCUUUUCUAGGGAAUGAAUAGAGUAAGCUAAAAGUGUAAGCUAUAAUUCGAGAUGAAGAAAAGGCAAUGAAAGUGUAACUAGUAUUAAUAAACUAGCGCUACACAAAUGCGCGAGAUUACUGAA